AUGGGGUGCAACGAAUACAUCACGCUGGUGGGGGUGUGGAAGUGUUGUUUGCCUUGGUGCGGCCCCGCCGAAGGCAAGGCUGCCCCUCCUUCGCCCCCCGUCUCCGCCCCGGAAAGUCCCCCGCGCGCCCGACAGCACUCGCCUCACCUGCAGGACAUCGCCGAAGAGGAGGCCGAGUAUCCACCGGAGGAUCACGAAGAACCAACCACUCUUCAGCCUCUAGGUACGAGGAUCAGCUAUAAGAAGCAGAGGCGUAAUGUGCAGUCGCCGUCUCCGACUUUGUCAGUAAAAGCCAGCAGGAAACAGCAGCAACAAUCGCCACAGCAACAGCAGCAACAACAACAACAGCAGCAGCAGCAACCCAGAACUCGAUCUGUGACGAGCACUUCAAGCGAGGGAAGCUCCUCGCAGGGUGGAGCUGGGAAGAUGCAAGCCGAGCAAGGAACCAUCGGGGAUCUUCAGAAGUACCACAAUAGAUACCUCCGUAGCAGGCGGCACACUUUAGCGAACGUUCGGGAGGGUGGACCCAUUAAUCCGCUUUUUGGGUGAGCUAAUCGUUCAUGAAUGUAAACCCCCUCCGAUUAGCAUUGAUUCAGCAUGACUCUGCAGUAAGCAGAACAGAGAAAAAAAAGAAAUAAUUGUUAAAACCCGCUCCCAACUUUCGUUAAUCUGUAUAAAAUCAUGCAGCUUCCGGUUCUCAUCCUGGCCGGGUCAAAGGUCAGCAUCGAUCCUGCGAGAUCCGCUGCCGCCUGGCGCCAUCUGCAUGCGACCCGGCCAAGAUCGAGCAACAGGUCCGGCAGGAAUUGAUCCUGCAUCGCACCAACAGGUGGCGGAUCUUCCUGCAGCAGCAACAAGUUUUUUUUAGUUUUGUC